UUAACCUACCAAAACUGCAUAGCACUCCACUGCACGGAAUCCAUUCUCUUCCCUUGAAUGCCAAGAUCGCAGAAGCAGUGAUCCUUGACACACCAAAAUUCCCAAUUAUGGAAACCUAACUGUUACUGGAAAAAAGGACCAGUAUAGUAAUUAAUCAUGGCUGGAUUAGAGGAAUUGAAAAAGAAACUUUCACCAUUGUUUGAUCCCGAUAAAGGCUUAUCAGCUGGAUCAACUUUGGACCCUUGUGAUUCUUAUAUGCUGUCGGAUGGUGGAACAGUUAACUUGUUGAGCAAAUCAUGUGGAGUAUACAAUAUAAAUGAGCUCGGGUUGCUAAAGUGCUCAUCUUCUCCAGUAGAUGAAGCAGAUUAUAAAGAAAGGACUUAUCGGUGUGCUUCCCAUGAGAUGAGGAUUUUUGGAGCCAUAGGUAGUGGUGCAAGCAGUGUUGUGCAGAGAGCUAUCCAUAUACCCACUCAUAGAAUUAUUGCGUUGAAGAAGAUUAAUAUUUUUGAAAAGGAGAAAAGGCAACAGCUUCUCACUGAGAUAAGGAUGCUGUGUGAGGCACCUUGUUAUGAGGGCCUUGUGGAGUUUCAUGGGGCAUUUUAUACUCCAGACUCUGGGCAGAUAAGUAUAGCUUUAGAGUACAUGGAUGGAGGGUCCUUGGCAGAUGUCAUACGGGUGCAGAAAUGUAUACCAGAACCAGUUCUUUCAUCUAUGGUUCGAAAGCUACUACAUGGACUAUGCUACUUGCAUGGAGUUCGACAUUUAGUUCAUAGAGACAUAAAGCCAGCAAAUUUGCUAGUAAAUCUUAAGGGGGAGCCAAAGAUAACAGAUUUUGGUAUAAGUGCUGGCUUAGAGAAUUCUGUGGCAAUGUGUGCUACUUUUGUUGGAACUGUUACAUAUAUGUCACCUGAGCGAAUUCGGAAUGAGAACUAUUCUUAUCCAGCUGAUAUUUGGAGCCUUGGUCUUGCACUCUUUGAAUGUGGUACAGGGGAAUUCCCAUAUACAGCUAAUGAAGGACCUGUUAAUCUUAUGUUGCAGAUACUGGAUGAUCCAUCACCAUCUCCACCAAAACACAUAUUUUCACCUGAGUUCUGCUCAUUUAUUGAUGCUUGCCUUCAGAAGGAUGCAGAUGCAAGGCCGACAGCAGAGCAGCUUCUUUCCCACCCAUUUAUUACAAAGUAUGAGCAUGCCAGAGUAGAUUUAACGGCAUUUGUCCGAAGCAUUUUUGACCCAACACAAAAGAUGAAGGAUCUGGCAGAUAUGCUGAUGAUACACUAUUACUUACUUUUUGAUGGGCCUGAUGACCUUUGGCAACAUACAAAGACCUUAUAUAAGAAAGAUUCAACUUUCAGUUUCUCAGGUAAACAAUCUGUUGGUUCAGAUGAUAUUUUUGCUACUUUGUCAGGCAUUCGAAGUACAUUAGUGGGUGACUGGCCUCCUGAACGACUUGUGCAUGUUGUGGAAAAACUUCAGUGCCGUGGUCAUGGACAAGAUGGAGUUGCCAUUCGUGUAUCAGGAUCCUUUAUUGUUGGGAAUCAGUUCCUUAUAUGUGGAGAUGGUGUACAAGUAGAAGGUUUGCCUAGUUUUAAAGAUCUUUCAAUCGAAAUUUCUAGCAAUCGGAUGGGAACAUUUCAGGAGCAGUUUAUCAUGGAACCGGGAGAUGCCAUUGGCCGCUACUUCAUAACCAAACAAGAUCUCUACAUCAUCCAAUAGAAAAACUAACAAAUAAGAUUAUGCCCUACAAGAUCCUCAACCGUUCCACCUCCCAGACCCCUAAGCUGACACUCCGUUGCCCCAGACUGUACAGUUCCACUCCAAACGCAAAUCUGUGUAUCAGUUUUGAAUUUCAUGCAGCUAAAUGUAAUUCUAUACUCUAAUCUUUGAUGAUUAUUGUCAUUAUAUUAUCUAUGUUUACUUAUGAAAUGGAUGGCACAAUAUCACACUUGAAUUUAA